AUGUUCUGUAACAACAAACAGCACACUGCGGUGAACAGCGCAGCCAUUUCUCUUCUCCUCGUGAAACCAAGCAGUGGACUCGUCCGGCGCCAGACCAUCACGUACGAGACCACUUCGACACGCGGGACUAGUAGCGGUGCGGGACUCGGCUUCGGCUGCGCGAGACCCGAGGCCUCCGAACUUUCUCCACAGACCAGCGCCUGCGCAGACGAAGCACGCGGCUCCUGCAGCGCUGAGGCCCAUGUCGCAGCUCCAGCAGCUCCAGCAGCUGCAGCAGCCGUCAUCAUGGAGAGGAACCUGCACGGAGGCCUCGCCACGAUGCAUGUGAAAACCGAGGCGCUGGAUGAACACACGUCCGCGCCGGUGCCGAGCAGCCAGGAGCCGCCUGUCUGCGGAGGAGCAGCGGGGGGAGGAGGGGGAGGAGGAGAGGAGCAGACUGCCGAGGAGCUGCAGCAGGCAGCCGACUCCAAAGCCUCUGUGCUGCUGUAUCCUCUGAGCACUGAGCGGUUCUUCACCACAGCAGGAGACGGGAAAACGUACCUGAAGAUAGCUCCAGCUUCAGUGAUGCCUCCGGCUCCGUCAGACAAGACGCUUCCCUCGGGCUCAGAUUUCUCCUCCAAAGCCGUCCUGUGUCUGAUCGAGGCCAUCGGGCGGCGCUGGGGCCUCUACGAGACCCGGGAGCGCUCACAGCUCUUCCAGAGCGUCCAGGAGGAGAUGGCCUCCAAGGGCCACGUGCUUCCUGUGGAGAAGAUCCGUCGCAAGUGGAAUAACCUCAUUGUCACGUACAAGAGGGUUAAAGACCGCAGCCGGGAGACAGGACACGCAAAGACGUCCUGGGAGUUCUUCGAUUUGAUGGACGCCACGCUCUGCGACACUGUCGGCACUCAGAUCAGCAACAACAAGAGACACAAAGGUGCUAGCGCGGCCUCGACGCUUCCUUGUCCUUUGGCAAAAAUCGCCGCAAAACCUCAGCCCCCCACCAUCGUCCGGCCGAACGGGGACUUUGCUCUGCCUGGUGGUUUGGAGUCAGUGGGUCAGGGAGCCGCCACCAGUCAAAUCAUCAGCAGCAUGGCCGCCAUGACCUCGGUGGCUACAGCGACCAUCAGCCCGGCAAAUGCUCCGGAGGUCAAGCCCCUGAUCGUCCUCAACGGUGACAUUGUUACGACCGCUAUUCAUCCCGCCACCAUUGUGCCGUCUCCAUCUUUUAUCUCCUCGCCUCGUUUUUCAGAAACGGCCUCGACGUCGCCCUCCCUCGGCUCGCCCGGUGGCUCAGACCUCAACGCAUCACACCACGCCAGCCGCAAGGCUCCCUGCUUCUCGUCAGGCGUCAUUCCUUUUCGUCUCAGUGCGGCGCCAGUUAGCAGCAGUCAGAAUGUCCUCGGCCUCUCAUCGUCUUUCUCCCCAGUGACCUCCUGCCUCACGUCCUCCGCCGCCACCUCGCUGUCAGCAACAAGCCUGUCGGAAAGUGAAGCUCAGAAGCAGAAAGCACACGAGGAGCCAAGCAGCGUGGCUUUGCUUCAAGAGAUCGUGAAGCGGCAGGAGGAGCAGGCGCACAUGGAUCGAGUGGCUCGCCGCAAGGUUGACGCCAGAGAGAAGAGGCGUGAGAGGAGGGAGGUGCGGAUGGCGGAGUCCCUCGGGAGGAUAGCCACAGCCCUGGAGCUGCUCUCCUCCAAACAGGACACAGUCAUCGCGCUCCUGCAGCGACUGGCUGACAGGAAGUGAUGUCAUGGGAAAGGCCAGAAAACAGAAGCUCUUUAAAAAAAAACUUUGUAGCGAACGGCCUCGUACUCGGACAUGAUGGAAAAACAAGAAUUGUAAAAGACAAAGAUAUGAACUGAACACUUUUGUAAAUUAAGUGAAAUGUUACGUCGUUGUGACGUGUUUUGAUUUAAAGUGCAUUAAUGUCACUGCACUACAUCCAAUAAAAACAUUCU